AUGAAGUUCUCUGCUGAGUAUUACGACGACGCCUUCGAGGUCGCCCGGGUUGAUGAAGGGCUUGUACAUCCGAAUGCUAGUCUGAACCCGUUGAAGCGGCUGGCGAGACAGUGUAUGGAGAAGGCCAAGCUUCCGGGUGCUUGGCAAGAGAGUGCCGCGGUCCGUGUUCAGAACGCGAGCGAUGAAGAUGAAGAUGAAGACAUGGACGCCGUGGAAGACUUGGUGGACGAUUCUGACACGGAUCGAGAGGAUGAAGACGAGAUGACCGAGUGGAAUUCGAAUCCCUAUGCUCUGACAGAAGAGGAGUACCAGCUGCGCCUCAAACAGCUCAAGCAUUCGGAGGAUGAGGCAUGGGAACGUGCACGCCAGAUACUAGCAGAAGUCCGCGCUCAGUACAAGGAUACGCCAGAUGCGGAAGGCAUCUCCGAAGAUGAAGAUGCCGACGAAACUGAUGCUGACUCCGACAUCGAGUACGAGCACGAACAACUAGAUGAUUCCGUCAGCGAAGCCGACUACUUCUUCGGUGAGACCCAGAUGGACAAAGAGUUCGACAUGCUCUUGACAGUCAUGCGUCCAUUUCCGCAUCCCAAAAAGCUCGCCCUUGCCCUGAAGGGACUGAGCCAAGUACGAGAUCCGUUCUCCCUCAGGCGCCUGCCGGGUCAUAUAAGAAGGCGACAUGCGAACAUGUCACCCCCUCAUAUCUCGUGCAUGCCUUUUCCGUAUGCGGUGUUGUCUGACUAUACGGUGUGGCCGGAUGGUGUCUGCCCUGCGUUCAGACUGGGGAUUCCUUAG